GGUGCCACGUCACUGGGCCGCUGCCUGCUGCGGAGAUGCUGCCGGGUGCUCGUCGCGUCCUUCUUCAGGGGUCGGGGCCCGGGAGGUGGCAGCCGCUGCCGGGAAAAGCGCAGGACGGAGCCGCCUGGACUUCCGCGCGGUUGUCGCCGGCCUCACUCGGUCAGGAAUCAAUGGAGCGGUGAGCAAGCUGAAAGCACUCCAGAGAUCCAAGCACCUUCACAAUGAAUCUAGCUCGACUUUUCUGUCGUCACAAAACAGCCCUUGGUAUUGCCACUCUAUCCUUGUUUGCACUGAUGUUACUCUACUUGGCUAAAUGCACCUCAGAGACAUUGAAGUCUCCGGGCUUACCACAUGGCGUGGAAAGACGAGCGGAUGGUCAGGGUCACAGCAGAGCCAAAGGUCUCUCUGCCUUUCUCGUACUACUGAUCACCACAGGCCCGAAGUACACCGAGAGGAGGAGCAUCAUCAGGAGCACGUGGCUGGCCAAUCGGGACCCAGAAAUACUCCCGUUCUUUGCCAUCGGCACUAGUGGGCUUGCAGCAGAGGAAGUUCAAAACCUGGAGCAGGAAGACGGUCGGCAUCACGAUCUACUGCUGCUCCCAGACUUGAAGGACUCCUAUGAGAACCUUACUAAUAAGAUUCUUCACAUGUAUGCAUGGGUGGACCAAAAUGUGGAUUUUAAGUUUGUCCUGAAAGCAGAUGAUGACACUUUCGCUAGGUUGGAUAUCAUUAAAGAAGAACUGAAGGCAAAGGAGCCUAAGAAACUGUACUGGGGUUUCUUCUCUGGACGAGGAAGAGUUAAGUCCACUGGAAAAUGGAAGGAGAGCAAUUGGGUACUGUGUGACUAUUAUUUGCCUUAUGCUCUCGGGGGUGGGUAUGUUCUAUCUGCUGACUUGGUGCACUACAUUCGAAUUAACAUUGAUUAUUUGAAGGUAUGGCAGAGUGAGGAUGUGUCAUUGGGUACUUGGCUGGCGCCAGUUGAUGUCAAGCGCCUGCACGACCCACGGUUUGACACGGAGUACAAAUCGCGUGGCUGCAACAACAAGUACAUUGUGACGCACAAGCAAAGUAUUGAGGAUAUGCUGGAGAAACAGCAGACACUCCAGAGGGAAGGAAAACUGUGCAAAGAAGAGGUAAAAGUGAGACUCUCGUAUAUUUAUGAUUGGUAUGUCCCACCAUCCCAGUGCUGCCAGCGAAAAGAUGGCAUACCCUGAUGAACAACUUGGCCCUGGCAAGGAGGAGUCAGCGAGACCUAUUCAGAAUGAUGGAGCGGAUGUCAACGCAGGAAAUUUCUCAAAAAAGGGACUCCAUCGCUUCUCAGUACUUUGGGAGCACAUUGGUCUUUUGAUUGCAAGUCUGAGAUUUGCACUUGAAUAAGUAUUUUCUUCCAAAAAGCACAAAAUUGCUGUUCUUCCUGAUCAGAGUUGAGAAUAGCACAUUGUAGUGCCAAGGAUUUGGUCCAUGUCUAACUACCUUCAUGGACAAAAUUUGCAUUUGCUCAAUUUCUGGGUGCAAAAGGUGUCCUGAAGAAUACCUGGUGUUCAUUAAUUGAACCAGUCACUACAGAGAGGCCCAUGGGUCCUAUUAUACUUGUAUUUAAUUGCACAAGAGUCUAAAGCUCUGGAAUUUGUCUAAUUCAGCAACAGUAAAUGUUAAUAUAUUUGUGUGUAUGCAUCUGUAUGUUAACUAACAAUUUCUUCAGGUAAAAACCUUUGGCUUGGC